GACCAUGUCUGAUGCAGCUGUGAGGACAAUCUCAGAGCAGCCUCUGCAUCGCAGACAUUUCUACCAUGAAGAUCAUUGGGGGGCUCCUUCUGCUCUGUACAGUGAUAUAUUUCUGCAGAAGCUCAGAAGCUGCCAAUCUGCCUUUAACAACAAUGGACUGCAGCAUUUACAAGAAGUACCCAGUAGCGGUCAUCCCUUGCCCCAUCACAUACCUGCCGGUUUGUGGUUCUGACUACAUCACCUACGGGAACGAAUGCCUCUUGUGUACUGAGAGUUUGAAAAGUAAUGGAAAAGUUCAGUUUCUUCAUGAAGGAAAUUGUUAACUUCUCCAUGAACAUGAAUGGACAGCAGUGAUAAUCCCAACAUCAUCUUCAUCACCACCAGGCUCUGACUGACUUUCCUUCACCUUCACUGAUGUUCUACGUGGGAGCAGAGCCAGAUUCAGAGUCAUCUUUAUUAAAUAAAGAAAUUGACUAUGCUUCCCCUACACACUCAUGCCCGCCUAACAAAUUGGCUUCUUUUUAUACCUCAAAUAAAAGAAUCUCCC